UUGCUAAGAAACCGCCCACCACCCACCCCACGCCACCCACCCACCCACCCCCACCCUCACCGUGAAGAUGAAGCAACCAGGUGUGCAGCUAGCAUCCAUCGAUGAGCAGAAGCCUGUAAGCAAGCCUCAAAAAGAUGAAAUCAUUGUUCCGGUUACUUCACUUGCUCUACCAAGACCAAAUCAACCAAAUCUACCCAUUCAAGAUCUACUUAACGGGGGAGGAGCUUAGUGGAAACAGGGGGUGCGGUUAGGUUAGAAGCUAUGCAGUUAAUAUCGGUGAUAUAUUGGUCAUAUCCGCCACCCCCGAACUUUUGGUUAAGCUCCACCAUUGGUUACCGGAAUAAUUAUAUCCCUGAUUUAGUUUUUUAGUUGAAUUUAAAAUUAGUUUACAAUUGAGAAAAUUAGAAGAUUUUUACCAAAUAAAGGUUGUGAUGAACAGAUUAAUGGUUCACAGACCCUGUUUUCUGAAUUUGUGGCUCAUAUUAAAACUCAAUUUUGGGAAAAAAAAUUAGCUUCAUCAACCAAUGGCGGAACUACUAGAAUAUUAACUCAGGGGUAUCCCAACUUUUUUUUUACCGUGCAAUCAUAUAAUAUUAAAAAAACGACAAUAAAUAAAUAAAGUAAAAAAAAUACCUAAUAGAUUUGUCCUCUUCUUUUUUCAUAGCUUGAAAUCGUUUCAUCACACCGUCGUCUUUUACUUCACGUAAAAAAACUUUUUCGACCGCACAAACCAUAGCAUUGUUCAAAAAAUUUUGGCUCAUUCGAUUGCGUAAAUCCGUCUUGACAAGCUUCAAUUUCGAAAAACAUCUUUCAACGGUUGCGGUUGCAACCGGUAUAAGCAAAGCUAGCUUAACUACCCGAUAAACUGAAGGACAAGAACUAUGCGUACUCGUUUCAACCAUAACAUGCGCAAGAUCACUUAUUCCAUUCAAGUUUUCAAAGUUAUCAUCAUCACUUAUUGUGUGACGAAAUGACUCAAUAUCACCCAAAAGAGUCCCUAUUUCUUGUGUAGUAAAAUCAUCCGGGUACAUCUUAGCAAACGCCAAUAUCUUCGAUGUGUCAAACUUAGAAAAACCGUUAGAAGGAUUUAAACCGGCAUAUUUUUUAUUAGGGGUGUCCUAUGUAUAAAAAUUGAAAAAAAAAUUACACUACUGGUAAAAACUUAAGCCGUAGCCCGUGCUACGCCUGACACAAGGCCAGGUCCGCCCCUGUCAUCAACUGUACUUUAAUGGUAUUUAAAUUAAAUUAAAUUAAAUUAAAUUAAAUUAAAUGUUAUAUAUUGUAAAUUAGUAAAUACAUAACUAGUAGAUUAGUGUUGAAUGUGAAUUUAAGAGUACAAGAUGAUAAAUUUAUUAGUUUUGAUGUUUAGAAGAGACAAAUUUAACUGAAUUAUCUUGAGCAAAUAUUCAUACUAACUUGUAGUGGGAAUUACUUUAAAGGCAGUAGAGAGGAGUACAUCAAACUUGGUGUCCCCCUUUAUGAAGCAUCAAUUAAAGGCGACUGGAAAGCUGCUAAAGCCAUUAUCAAUGAAAAACCAGAGUUGGUACGGUAUAGCAUCACUGAAAACAGCGAAACAGCACUUCAUAUUGCCGCAUCGGCUAAGAAAACUAAACGGAUGCAAGACUUUGUGAAAAAUCUGGUGGAUAUGAUGGAAGUUAGAGACUUGGAACUUCAAAAUAACAGUUCCAACACUGCCUUGUGUUUAGCAGCUGCGGCUGGAAACGUUGAAAUGGUUAAAAUUUUGGUGGAAAAGAACCGCGCGUUGCUCGUAAUUCCUGGUAGUCAACAAAUGAUGCCACUCUAUAUGGCUGCCUUAUUUGGACAAAAUGCCACGGUGGAAUAUCUUUAUAAUGAAUCCAAGGGGUUGCGUGAUGAUGGCUGGAAUCCGCAGAACCGUGGUUGGCUACUUCAGAAAUGCGUUGAAGCCGAACUGUUCCAUAUUGCUCUAAAAAUAGUGGAAGACCGCCAAGAACUUGCUAGUAACGGGAGUCUACUUGGAGUUUUGGCUAAAAAGCCGGAUGUGUUCUAUGGAACAACAUCAAAUAUGUUCCAAAAAUUUAUCAGUUGGGCUUUUGAACGGGGUUCAAACUCGGGAACAUCGAAAAAGGCUAAUGAAGCAAUGCAAUUACUAAGAAUAAUUUGGAAAAAUAUUGCAAGCAAGCCUAAGAAAGAAAUUGAUGACAUAAUCCGAGGGCCGCCUGAUGCAGUUAAGAAAGAUGAAAGGCUGCCGUAUGACAAGGAAGAUCAAACGCUGCACCUACUAAAACUCAUUUCUGAAAACAUUGCCAAAAUGCCAGUUGAAAUCCAGAAGUUAACUGCUGGGACUUCUGCGAAAGUGACAAGAGCACCAACGAUGGGGAAUGCACGAAAAACAUAUUCUUCGCGUAUACUAUUUGUCGCUGCAGAAAUGGGCAAUACAGUAUUUAUAGUUGAGCUUAUCCGACUAUAUCCUGAUCUAAUAUGGAAGGUCAAUGAUAAUAACCAAAGCAUAUUUCACAUUGCUGUCAAACAUCGCCAUGAGGGGAUUUACAACUUAUUGUAUGAGAUAGGCUCAAUGAAGGAUUUGAUUACACCUUUGAGAGAUGAAAAUGACAACAAUAUGCUGCAUUUAGUCGGGACAAGGGCCAAUAGAAACCGGCUUGAAGAUGUAUCUGGAGUUGCUUUUCAGAUGCAACGAGAACUAUUAUGGUUCAAGGAGGUGGAGGCUAUGAUCCCGCCUUCUUAUAGAGAACGAAAGAACAAAGACGGUCUGACACCGCAUGAGUUAUUCACUAGAGAACACAAAGAUCUAGUUGUUCAAGGUGAAAAGUGGAUGAAAGGAACGGCUAGCCACUGUAUGGUGGUUGCCGCCCUUAUUGCCACCAUAGUAUUUGCCGUUGCUUUUAUGGUACCAGGUGGAUACAGCCAAGGCCGUCAGAAUCAAUCAGAUGGUAUCCCUAUCUUCCAUUCUCAAGCAAUUUUCAUGGUAUUUUUGGUGGCAGAUGCCAUUUCUUUGUUCUCAUCUACAGCCUCGAUUCUUCUGUUUUUAUCUAUCCUCACGUCUCGUUAUGCCGAACGUGAUUUCCUGCAAUCGUUACCCAAAAAGUUAAUGUUGGGCCUGGCAACGCUUUUUCUUUCUAUGACAACCAUGACAAUUGCGUUUAGUGUCAGCUUUUACUUGCUUUACAAGAACGGUUUGAUAUGGAUGCCGAUCAUGAUCAGCAUGUUUGCCAUGAUGCCGAUCUUCCUAUUUACUUGGCUGCAAUAUCGUCUCUUAGCGGAUGUUGGUCGAUCAACAUACGCUUCUACAUACCUCUUUAAGCCAAAGAAGCUUAUGCUUUACUAUGAGAACCCAAAACCCAGCAUAAUGCGUUCGAUUUCAUCCUUAUGGUCUAGUAAAUAGAGCUGGAUUUGUGUGUAUAUAUGGAUGUUCUGAAUUAACGGUAGUGUGUUAUUUAUUUAGUUUAAUUUACCAAAGAAGUUAUAAUAAUUGUAUAUGGUUACAAAUACAAGAUGGAUGUACAGUAGCAUGUACGUGGCAUCCAUUUCCAUUCAUUA